UAGCGGCAAGCCACCCGCACGAGCGAUAGCGACUGUAGUCAGGAGAACUUGGACAGUUUCUUUUGACACACAGAACAGCAGUACAGCGCGAGUCACAAGCAAUAUAGCCCUCCAGCCUCCGAUCCAAUGAACUUCAUUCGCUCCAAGCGCGCAAAGGCACACUACCCCAUCAAUGACGACCGGCCGGCAAAGCGCAUUUCGACACCGGCUGGCCAGCGUCUCUCUGUAAUCCUCGAUGCCAAACGAGGCAAGUCGGCUGCGUCCAAGACAGCUGAAAUCAGCGUCACUACCGAAAGCACGUUCUGCAACGACCCAUCGCAUCAGCAUGUCGGACCAGUACAACACCACAGGGUCGAGAAGAAGCCCGGCUUCAUCCAAUCAGUCUUGACGGGUGGCAGAUUAUUGACGCCAAGGGAAAGCAGCGAGGACAUGCACAAUGGGAGCAACCUCAGUGUCAGUGUGUGGAGUGAUCGGGAUGAGGAGAAGUUUGGACACGUACGACAACGGAGACAGAGAGGGAUUGCUGCUUGGGGAUGGAAGAAGGUCGCUGUGGUCGCCGCCCUGAUCAUUGCGCUGAUCGUGGCAUUGGGCGUUGGACUCGCUAUGGGAUUAAAGAAGGACUCAAAGAGCAGCGCACCGGCAGCGAACACAGGCGGCUCAACGACACCGGCAGGCAGCGAAAGCAAGCCCACCUCCAACCCCGACUCCAACUCUCCUUCAACGACCGACGACGAUCCCCCAUCUCCAGUCACCACCUCCACACCCUCCGCUGUCCCCUCGAACUUUCCCGUCGGAAGCUGGUCCCUAGUCCUCUUCCUCGAUACCGUCACAACAGACUGCACCUCAGACCCAGACACUUGGACAUGCCCGCCGAACACGAACUACUACGAUGACCAACAGAAAGCUCUCACCAUUUUGAACUGGGAUAUCAGCGGUUCCACAGGGUCUUACAAGAUUUCUUCCGGUCAACAGGACGACACAUUUGACACCACGUUCCAGAACGAAGACCUCGAGUUGUUGGACUCCGGGAAGGACACAGAGCGAUACCGGUUCCAGAUCUCGCGGUCCAAGACUGUUAAUAUGACGGGAAGCCUUGGAGGAAAGAAAGGCGACUUUGACUGCGACUACGGUGCGACCAAUAUGCAGGGCAUCUUAUACACCAAAAUGCAGCAGACAUACCCAGACGACACAAUCGCAGUUGGAAAGGUCGCUAACAAGGCGUGGCCAUACGCCGUAAAGAUCGAACAAAGCGUAGCAGGUGGGCAGGGAGUACCAGCUUGCACAAGUUCGUCAGGCGACGACGUCAAGCUCAAGGCUCAGAGUGAGAGCACGUUGUGUUCCUGUUUCUACAAGAACUUUACACCUCCGCCCAAGUCAUAAAACUCAAUCCAAGUUUCUUUGUCUAUUGUUGUCAUCUAGCGUUUCCUUGCAUCAUCGCUCUACAUUUACUUAUCGAGCCAGGCGUAACUAGCAUAGUGGGUUUUACUCUACACAGAGGUAAUGAUAGUGGUUCUUCCUCCAACGAGGUUCACGAUUCCUUGGUGCAUUUCUUCUCCUAACCUGAUGGCUGUAUGAGUGAGCCAGAACGAUACGAUGCAUGCAUUUACCCUCACCAGGUCCCGCUCUAACUUCGCAACACAAUAGACAAUUACCACAUUAAAGACAUCCAUUGUUGCGCUCCAUCGCAAAGAUAUCA